AUGAAUCGAGAAAAUCUAAAGGAGUCUCAUUUGCGUACGGCGUUACUCCAUCGCGUGGUUUCUCGUCUAGAAACGGCCUUGUUUGACAUUCGAGAGGCCGACAACUCAUUGACAUCACUGCUUUCAGUUACGACAAAGACUAGGGAUAAACCUUUGAACAAUGAGAUCGAUUCACUUCUGUGUCGAAAAACUGUAGACAAGAUGCUCACUAUGUAUAUGCAAGAUGCACAAGAGUCUUCGAGUCCAACACACAAUAACGGUUUACUCCGAUCAUUGUAUGAUUCAUACUGCGGUCUACAGUUGAUCGAUUGUCUAAAGUUGCUGAUUGAAGAACGAUGUGAGCAGCUUAGUAUGAGAAAAAGCUGUAACUAUGACGUCCGCAGUCAACCUGCAGUUGAACCUGACAGACAUAAGACAUUCCGUCUUAUGGAGCAGAUGACAUACAAACAUGUUUAUCAUGUUCUUAAAGCGACACGCCAAGCUGAGACGAAAUGCCAGCUAAAAAUUCUGGCGAAGAGAGCAAACGAAUUGCAGGCUCAGCUGGAGUGCCGGCUUGACAAGAUCAGCAAUUUCGAUCGUUGUUCUCUUGAUGGCUGUCUUCGGAAAUGCGUUGUGAAGGUUGAGUUGAAAAUUUUGGAGCAGCUCCUGGCUAAACUUCAACAAGAGGUCAAUGAUCGGAAAGCCAGAUUUAGCGAAUUAGAGAAGAUGGAGCACGACGUAUUCUCAUUCCGGUCAGAGUUGAGCCGUUGUGAACAGUUGAUCGAACGCGUGCGUGUGCAAAAUCGCACGUUAUCUCUCAAUUUGCCAUUUACACAACAGCAGGCGGUGAAAGCCAAAUCAGAAGUGUUACAACAUCUUACACUGGCACAUCAGUCCUUGCGAAAUCUGGUAUCCUCUGAUCCGAUGCAGCGAUUGCUCCCACUGCUCAAGCGCUCUGAUUCACUAACUGACUGGAAGUUACAAAGUCACGGUUCUUCUAUCAGUAAUCUCCCUCACAAUACUCUGUGCCAGAACCCGUUUUACAACAAAUGCUGUGUUAUUUUGGGUUUCCCGGACCAAUACCAGCAUCCAGACGCAGUUCUUCAGCGCAUAGCUUCGUUGGCAUUGACCAACUGGGUUACCAAUGAAGAAGCAGAACGCUUGCGGGACGCGCUUGUCGUUUUGGAAGAAGAGUCACGCACUAUCGCCAUGAUUCAAAAGCGGGAUGUCUAUAUGCAAAGUAAAGCUCGACAACGGGCGAAACCGUACAUAGAUCGCAUAAAUAAUGCAAUAGAGGAAAUCCGAUCUCGACUCUCAAGCACUCAGCGCUUUGUGGCAGACUGGGAUUGCCAACCGUGUUUCAACAACAUUACCAAGCCAGUGACUGUUCUGUACGUUCAUAGAUG